UCUAUAAAAGUCAUAACCUCGUAAGUGUGUACAGGUCACACUUAAAUUAAGCUACCAGAAUUAUUUUUCUGGUUAAGCUGGAGUGCGUGACAUAGAGCUGACCGCCGCUUAGUGCUUCUGCGUCUUUAUAACGACCAUAAAAAGCUGGCUGAAACUGAUAUGAAAUUACUUUCAGAGCGAGCUGCCAUGUUGGUUCUCACUGCUUCCUGAAAAGGGUUAUUCCUGUGUUUUCUCAUGGCGGUCCGUUAACGUUUCUGUUCAGCUGGACCGUUUCUGCAUUAUCGGUGGUUUCUGGAUUAAAUUCUGCACCGUUAAUUGGAGGUGACUGCAGGAUUUGGCCAAAAUGGAAAGGAUCCAUCAAAGACCAGAAACCAUGAAAAUUGAACAGGAACCUGAACUCAGCUGUGUGUUUGUGAAGAGUGAUCGGUCAAAGGAACCCAUCGUUGUUUUCCAAGGAAGUGGAUCUCCUUCAGAUGAUGAAUCAGAUUCCUCUGGUCCUAAACCUGGACUCAGCACGAGGAAGACGAAGGGUAGAAUGAAGAGGAAGAGUUCAAAAUUAUAUCCCACUGAAGUUAAAAGAAGAAAAUCCUCCACUGCACAUAAGACACAUCAUAAACCAGAUGUCCCUGAACCUGAACUUGAAGCUGAACCCAGAUGUGUGUCUGUAAAGAGCGAUCGAUCAAAGGAAGCCAUCGUUGUCUUCAAAGGAAGUGGAUCCCCUGCUGUUGAGAAGUAAGAUUAAAUGAUGCCUAGUAGGAGUUAUAGCUGACGUGUUUCCUUACUCCAGUCUGUUGAACUGGUGAUAAAAUGGUAACUUAAAGUAAGACUUUGAAUAUAAGGAAAUCAUUUUCUGUCUGAAAGAUGAAUUCAGUGUAUACUGUAAUCCAUACAUGAUAUCAACAUGACCUUGGUAUUGAUCUUUCUCUUUGUAGGAACACUACUGAUAAAAAAUUAGUAUGUGAUUAUUAUUCUUGAGUAUCAAAGAAAAGUCUUCUUUUAAUACUAACAUUAUUCAAUAGUCACCUUUUGUUUAUAGUCAUGUUUUAUAGUACUUUUCAAAAUCGGGUCUACAAAGUUUUUUACAAUGAAAAAUUAAGAAACAACUAUGUAAAACAAAACAAAUUAGACAUUUUUCCCUUUGAUAUUUAUGGUGGUAUGAAAGAUGAAGAGAGAAUGGCCUUUAUAUUGUUAUUUCAAGCACUGUGAGUGUAGAAUCCGCCUGCUGGUCAGACAGAGGAUGAAUUGAAGGCCUGCACUGUUACUCAUGCAAU